AUGAACGAAUGUAUUGUACUUGCCCACUACGACGAGACAAAACCAUUAGUAAUCGCGUGCGACGCCUCUCCCUACGGUGUAGGGGCCGUGCUUGCACAAGUUGACGACGAUGCCCGCGAAGUGCCCGUUGCGUUUGCCUCGCGCACGUUGGGACGUGCAGAGCAGAACUACGCUCAACUGGAUCGGGAAGGACUAGCAUUGGUGUUUGCGGUAGAAAAAUUUCACCAGUACGUCGCAGUAAGGAAUUUCACGAUAUACACCGAUCAUCGACCGCUGCUUAGCAUAAUGGGGCAACACAAGCCAAUGCCUGGAAUGCUGUCGCCAAGGAUGACGAGAUGGUGUCUGAAAUUAGGGUGCUAUAAUUACGACUUGUGCUAUCGGAAGGGCGCCACAAACCAAAAUGCCGACGCCUUCAGUAGACUGCCGUUGCCAUCAAUGACCGAUCAACCGUAUAGACCGGGUGACGUGCUCCUGUUCGACACGUUAGAAGGACCUGUUCUCACGGCUAAACUUCUAGACAAGAUGACUCAGCAAGAUCCGGUGCUGUCAGCAGUUCACAGAGCAUUGCGAAACGGUAGCCUUCACAAGUUACGGGGACAAGGCUUCGACCAAUACAAGAUACGCCGUCGGGAGCUGGCUACGAAAGGUGAUUGUGUGACCAGAGGUUCAAGAGUUGUGGUUCCCCCGGCUGCCCGAGAGCAGGCCUUGAAACUGGUCGAUCGUCGCUCUCCGCAGCGAGCUCCGCCACCGCUGUGGACAAGACCGACGGAACUCUGGAAGACCAUUCACAUCGACUUCGCCGGACCGGUCGACGGGCGAACGUAUCUACUGGUUGUUGACGCCUACACCAAGUGGCUGGAAGUUAGGCGAAUGACAAGUACUACGGCCGCCGCUGUGAUUGAACAGCUACGGUACAUGUUCGCCACUUUCGGAAUUCCGAAGGUAGUCGUGUCGGAUAAUGGGUCGGUGUUCCUAUCGGUAGAAACCAUGAGAUUUUUCAAAGCAAAUGGCGUCGAGCAUCGCACAAGUGCUCCGUAUCACCCGGCCACUAACGGCCAAGUAGAGCGCAUGGUGGCGGAACUGAAGAGGGUUCUGAAACAGGAUAGUGCGGGACACGUUGACAAGUGCCUGGCGCGGUUUAUGUUCAAGCAGCACACUACUAUCAACGUCACCACAGGCAAGUCACCAGCAGCCAUGAUGUUCAGCAGGGAGCUUCCGUCGCCACUGUCGGCGUUGAAACCAAGUGAGCAUCGGAGUUCAAUGGGGGAGGACGAGGAGGAAGCUGGGUCACGUUAUGCGCUGUUCAAGCCAUCGAUGAGAGUCUACAUUAGAAACUUCACAGGAGGUCCUCAGUGGAUACCGGGUCAGCUGCUUGAUCUGAUGGGUCGGCGGUCGUAG